AUGUCCGCGGGCACCCAGCCACCCCUGCUGGUGUCAGCGCCUCCACGCCAGCCCCCCACGGUCACUCCAGGCACAGGGGACGCCCCUGCUUGGAGCUGGGGUGGGAGGGGCACAGCACCAGGGUGGCCGCCCUUGGGAGCCUCCGUCUGGGGGGAGGAGGGGGGAGACGCCGUCACCCAGGUCCCGGGCAGGGCCCCUGUGCCCCCCGGGGCCGCAUCUGCUCCUUCUCGGCCCAAGUCAAUGGGCUCCGGAGAUAGGGUCCUGCACCCCCCAGGCUCCACACCCCCAGACCUGCAGGAGGGGUUUCCUGACACCGCGAGGGGGAGGAGAGGCUCCCGGGUCCGCAGCGUCCCGCCCGCCCUGGGUGAUCAGACGUCGCACGCGGAGCACCCGCCCCGCCGGGCAAAUCGGUCUCGGGCUGAGGUUGGGGACAGCGCCGGGCGCCCGGCCAGCAAAGAGCGCGCCUGCCACCUGGCGGCCACGCGGGGAACAACAGCAGCAGGUGGACGGGGCCGGGGCCCCGGCAGGGGACCCGGGAGCCGGCAGGCACGGCCCACCCCGCAGGGCAGCCGCCGGGAGAAUCAACACCAACGCCUCAGACGCUGCAGAAAAUGCCCGCUGCCACCACGCUCUCCAAAGGGCCUGGGGGCCCCGUCUGCAGCCGGCCCACCCUCGGCCUCCCCGCUGUCCCCUGAGCCCGGUGGGCGUGGGCGGAUGCAGGAGAGCGAGACCCCAGGCUCAGGCACCAGGCGUGCAGGGAGGAGACCCCAGGCCAAGGGGCUGGAAGGGAGAGGUCUUGGCUCCUCCAUGGUCAGGGCCACGGGCACCACCCACCUCCACUUCCUGCUGGACCCGAGCCCCCAGCCUUGUCUGAGGGCCCACCAGGCCCCUAGCAAGGACGAGGGCAGCGCCACACUGUGCAGGCUCUGGGCCCCUUCCCUCCCCAGGCCUGAGAGGCCGGCGCUGCCCCCGAGGGGACCAUGCUGGAAGCAGAUGAUGUGA